UCACAGGAUAAGAAAUUUUGGCUCCGGUAAUUGUUUCAGGGGUGUGACAGUAAUUACCAAUAACCCAGGGAACUUAAAGCUAUUUUAGCUCAUCUCAAGGGGUGUAGGUUUAAUUUUCCAUUUAAUUCAAGAGUCAUGACUAAACUUUAUCAAUGAUAAAACUGGAAAAACCCUUCAUUUCAGUAAAGAAACCUCCUCUCCGCCGCCGCCGCCGCCGCCACCACGUAGCAGCGGAGAUGGCACUGCAUAACAUAGAUGUGAUACCCCACCAAUUACCCUUCGACACACACGAAAUAUUCGAGGUCUGCGUGUACAGCACCAUGGUGCGCACAACCGUCACACGCGCCCCCGAGAUCGUCUCCCAGUGGAUCUCCGACGUGGUGUCCGCCAACAACUCCCGGCGCAUCGGCAAGAUGCUAGUCGGCGUGUGCGUGGAGUGGCGUCCAUUCUUCAAUCCGAGCACAAACAACCCGCCGGCGGCGACGCUCCAGCUCUGCGUCGGCCGGAGCUGUCUCGUCUACCAUCUGAAUCCGAUUCACAUCUCCGGCGGCGGCGGCCCCACCAUCCCCUCGUCUCUGGUGAAUUUCCUGGCAAACCCUAACCACACUUUCGUCGGGAUCGGCGUGGAACAGGAUGUGGAAAAUCUGAAGCGGUGUUAUUCGAUUGGGUACGGGAUGAAGGCGGUGGAUCUGAGGAAUCUGGCGGCGGCGAGGUACGGGAUGAGGGAGCUGGUGAGUGGCGGGUUGAAUGACGUGGCGACGAUGACGGUGGGGAUGGAUGUACGGAAGCCGGAGGGUUUUUCGCUGAUGGAAAACCAGUGGAUCACCCCCAAUCUACUCUUUGCUUGUAUUGAUUCUUUUGUUUGCUUUGAAAUUGGCCAUUUUUUUAAUGCUUCUUCCUAAAAAUAUUUAAUAAAUAAAUAAAAAUUGGUACUAAGGUAAUAAGAUUUUGUUUGUAGACCAUUGAAAAUUAGAUGCUACACUUUACUGAAUUUGUGAGUUUGAAUUGUAAAUCGGCACAUAAUCGCACACAUAUAUGUAUUUGUGCUUAGUGGAUGGUUAUUUAAUCAAAUUUGCUGUUCAAAGCCAUCUGAUGUAAAUAAACAAGUGUAACAACAUCUAACUUCCCGUUAUGGAUUGUGUUGUACUGUA